AGCUAAGUCUCCUCUUCCUCCUCCUCUUCUUCUUCUGUAGUAUCUUUCAUGGCGUACGCCGCCACAACUAUUAAGUUCCUUUGCAGCUAUGGAGGCAAAAUCCUUCCACGUUAUCCUGAUGGAAAGCUCCGUUACCACGGAGGCGAUACUCGCGUCCUCUCCGUAGAUCGUUCUAUCUCCUUCUCCGAUCUACUUAAGAAGAUGACGGAAUUGUAUGGAGCAGCGGUUAGUUUGAGAUGCCAGUUACCGACUGAAGAUCUAGACGCCUUAAUUUCAAUUAAAUCUGAUGAAGAUCUGGAAAAUAUCAUCGAGGAAUACGACCGAGCCGCCAUGAAAAUCAGAGCAUUCCUAACUCCGAUCAAAACGCCUUCUCCUCUUCCUCCUCCGUCAUCAUCAUCUUCUGAAUCGUCGCCGAAAUCGUCCAACUCAUCGCCGAAAUCACACAUCAGUUCCGUCUCGCGGCCUUUUCCAAAUGCAAUUGCUGUGGAUCAUUGCAAUAAGCCUCCAAUCUAUCCUCCUCUAAAAUUUGCUACUACUCAUCAUCAUCAUCAUCAUGUAGUUCCGAAGGUUCCUCACUGCGCUUACCAUGCUGGUUAUCAUGGAAGGAUUUACCUGGUUCACAAUGGAAAUUACUGGCAAUAACUAGCUAGCAUUCCACAAAUCCUCCAGAUUGAUAUUGAUAUAUAGUAUAUAUAUAUAUAUAUAUAUAGUUGACUAAAAUUAUAAUUAACUAGCUAGUCAUGAGAGUACUGGAUUGAAGAUGAAUGAGUUGUUUAUUUAUUAUUAUGUAACUCUCCCUGUAUAUUGCAAAAAGAAGAAGAUGUUGAUGAUGAUGAAU